AUGUCGCUCCUUAUACCAACUUCCGCGGUUGGAGUUAUUGUCCUCUUCUGCUCUCUAGUAGCUGUUAACCAUAUUGCUACUAAGCUCCUGGCGUUCAUAAAGCUGAGGCAUAUCCCUGGCCCGCCGUCGUCCAACUUCUCCGGCUGGCCACAUAGUAUAGCUUUACUACGCUAUAAGCCCGCCGAGUGGUAUCAGCAUGUCACCGAAAACUACGGGUCAAUCGCCAAAAUUGCUCCUAAUCUCAUCAUCACAUCCUCACCGGAAGUAUGGAUGCAUAUAAAUAAUAAGCCGGGCUACACCCGUGCCGACUGGUUUUUCAGAGCUAUGCGUGUCGACUAUCGGCAUGACCAUCUUUUCUCGCUAACUGACGCUGCUGAGCAUGAUCGGAGGAGAAAGCUGCUGGGCCCUGGGUUCUACGGAACUGAAUGUUCCUAUGAAGUAUUCAUCAACAAGCGUCUUGAGGAGCUACUUCAUCUCAUCAGGUCCAAAUAUGUCUCCUCUGGCUCGAAGAGGGUGCCUGUGGACAUGGCUGCUAAGGUUCAGUAUUACACCCACGACGUUAUCAGUACCAUUACCUUUGGCAAGCCUUUCGAGAUGCUCCAAAAGGACACCGACACAAACGGUUACAUCCAGUCCAUAAAAGAUGGGUUUCUCAUCGCCAAUAUUUUGGUUGCCUUUGGGCUCGCGAAGGUCUCUCAAUCGUCACUUAUCGGCCCUGCACUAGCUCCUGGAGUCAACGACGAGACUGGAUACGGAAAGCUAGUUGCAGUGUCCACCAAACUCAUAAAGGAACGCCAGGCAAAUCCCCGUGAAAAACCAAAGGAUAUGCUUGACUCGUUUGUUCAGCAUGGCUUAAAGGGUGAUGCCCUGCACUCUGAGAUUCUCGACGCUGUUGUGAUUGGAUCCUUUGCGCCGUGCUACUCUAUCUGCUCGGUGAUCCUACUCACCUUAACAAACCAGCGUGUCCUCACCAAACUCCGGCGUGAGAUUCAUGAUGCCAUUACUUCCGGUAAAGCACCCCGGGUAGGCGAGGGAGUCAUCAGCUUUGCUCAGGUGAAACAACUUGUAUACCUGCAGGCCGUGAUUCGUGAGUCGCUGCGAAUGCUGCCACCCGUCGUAGGCCUUUUUCCCCGGAACGUCCCCGCUGGCGGAGACAUUGUCACUGUUGCCGGUAAACCUGUAUUCCUGCCCGAAGGUGCAUGUAUAGGGCGAUCAGUGUAUAGCAUGUACCGCUGCAAGGAAACGUACGGCCAGAACGCGGAUAGAUUUCAUCCAGAGCGCUGGCUCGAAGCUGAAGAUGCUAAACUUGCAAAUAUGAUUCGUGUUAACGAGCUCAUUUUUAACCAUGGAAAGUACCAAUGUAUGGGAAGAGUUAUAGCCCACACUGAAAUAGCAAAGACCGUGUUUGAGUUACUACGAGCAUUUGAUUUUGACGUCGUUACUCGAGAUAAAGACCCCUGGAAAGCGGUUGAUAUGUUUGGUAUAUAUGGAGUCUCAGAUUUUUGGGUAUACAUAACGAAUCUUGAAUAA